UAAGAGCACUGACUGCUCUUCCAGAGGUCCUGAGUUCAAAUCCCAGCAACCACAUGGUGGCUCACAACCAUCUGUAAUAAAGUCUUAAAAAAAAAAAAAGAUUAAAAAAAAAAAAGAAGAAGAUCAAGGAACUCCAAUCCAACCUAGAAUGACUUUUUUUUAAAAUAAUAUUUAUUUAUUAUAUAUAAGUACACUGUCGAGCCAUUGCAGUACAUUGAGCUCCAUAGAGACAGCGCCGGGGCAAGCGAGAGCCGGACGGGCACUGGGCGACUCUGUGCCUCGCGAAGGAAAAUCAACUAAACAUGGGCAAAGGAGAUCCUAAGAAGCCGAGAGGCAAAAUGUCCUCAUAUGCAUUCUUUGUGCAAACCUGCCGGGAGGAGCACAAGAAGAAGCACCCGGAUGCUUCUGUCAACUUCUCAGAGUUCUCCAAGAAGUGCUCAGAGAGGUGGAAGACCAUGUCUGCUAAAGAAAAGGGGAAAUGUGAAGAUAUGGCAAAGGCUGACAAGGCUCGUUAUGAAAGAGAAAUGAAAACCUACAUCCCCCACAAAGGGGAGACCAAAAAGAAGUUCAAGGACCCCAAUGCCCCCAAGAGGCCUCCUUCGGCCUUCUUCUUGUUCUGUUCUGAGUACCGCCCAAAAAUCAAAGGCGAGCAUCCUGGCUUAUCCAUUGGUGAUGUUGCGAAGAAACUAGGAGAGAUGUGGACCAACACUGCCGCGGAUGACAAGCAGCCCUAUGGGAAGAUGGCCGCCAAGCUGAAGGAGAAGUAUGAGAAGGAUAUUGCUGCCUACAGAGCUAAAGGAAAACCUGAUGCAGCGAAAAAGGGGGUGGUCAAGGCUGAGAAGAGCAAGAAAAAGAAGGAAGAGGAAGACGACGAGGAGGAUGAAGAGGAUGAGGAAGAGGAGGAAGAAAAGGAAGACGAAGAUGAAGAAGAAGAAGAUGAUGAUGAAUAAGUUGGUUCUAGCGCAGUUUUUUUUCUUGUCUAUAAAGCAUUUAACCCCCCUGUACACAACUCACUCCUUUUAAAGAAAAAAAUUGAAAUGUAAGGCUGUGUAAGAUUUGUUUUUAAACUGUACAGUGUCUUUUUUUGUAUAGUUAACACACUACCGAGUGUGUCUUUAGCUAGCCCUGUCCUGGUGGUAUUUUCAAUAGCCACUAACCUUGCCUGGUACAGUCUGGGGGUUGUAAAUUGGCAUGGAAAUUAAAGCAGGUUCUUGUUGGUGCACAGCACAAAUUAGUUAUAUAUGGGGACAGUAGUUUGGUUUUUGGUUUCUUUUUUUUUGUUUUUGUUUUUUUUUCCUUUUGGUUUUUUUUUUUUCCAUCUUCAGUUGUCUCUGAUGCAGCUUAUACGAAGGUAAUUGUUGUUCUGUUAACUGAAUACCACUCUGUAAUUGCAAAAAAAAUGGCGGCUGUUUUGUUGACAUUCUGAAUGCUUCUAAGUAAAUACAAUUUUUUUUAUUAAAAAAAAAAAAAG